AUGAUGUCAUCAUGGUCGCUUCGCCGUUGGGCAGGCCUUUGCACACUCACAGGGCUGAUCGUAUCCACGUCAGCCGCGGGCGUAGCCGACUGGAAGUCAAGGGCGAUCUAUCAAACCAUGACUGACCGUUUCGCUCGCACGGACGGAUCAACAACAGCACCAUGCAACACAACAGCAGGUCUCUUUUGUGGAGGUACAUGGCGCGGUACCAUCGACAAACUCGACUACAUCCAAGGCAUGGGAUUCGACGCCUUGAUGAUCUCCCCAAUCGUCGAAAACGUUGAAGGCCAAGUCGAGUACGGUGAAGCAUACCACGGAUACUGGUCAUCAAAUCUCAACAACAUCAACUCUCAUUUUGGAACCCAUCAAGACUUGCUCGAUCUGGGAGCUGCCCUUCGCGAGAGAGGCAUGUACUUGAUGUUGGAUACUGUCGUCAACAACAUGGCUUCCAUUACGAAUGGAAGUAGUCCUGCCACCCAUAUUGACUAUUCGAAAUUGACCCCCUUCAAUAACGCCGACUACUACCACGACUACUGCAAAAUCACGGACUGGGACAACAUGACUAACGCCCAGAUUUGCCAGACUGGUGACAACAUUGUUGCGCUACCGGAUCUCUACACGGAACACAAAGAGGUUCAAGAUGCUCUGAUCAAGUGGGCCAAGAAGUCAAUUGAUACCUAUUCCAUCGACGGACUGCGUAUUGACGCAGCCAAGCACGUCAACGCGGAAUUCCUCCCGGCCUUUUCCAAGGGCCUUGACAACAUUUUCAUGACCGGUGAAGUCCUUGUGGGGAGUAUCGAUACCAUCGCCGACUAUCAGCGCAACUACAUUGGGAGCAUGCCAAAUUACCCCGUGUACUACGGAAUCCGCGACGCUUUAUUGCUGGGGAACACAUCCCAACUAGCAUUGGCAGUCGAGAACUCGAGGAUAAGCCUGCCGGACGUCAAUGCCAUGACCAUUUUCUCUGAAAACCACGAUCAACCUCGUGUUGCAGGUCAAGUGAAAGAUAUCUCGAUCGCCAAAAAUGUCCUGGUCUUCACCAUGCUGUUUGACGGCAUUCCAUUGAUUUACCAAGGCCAAGAGCAGCACUUGGACGGCAACGGGACUCCCAAACAACGAGAAGCUAUUUGGUUGACCAAGUACAACACCGACGCGGUGCUUUACAAGUUGACCGCCACUCUCAACAAAAUUCGCAAGCACGCCUAUAUUCUCAGCAGAGACUACCUCGAACUGCCAACCCACACAAUCUACCAGGACAGCAGUGUUCUCGCCUUCACCAAAGGUGUGGAGGGUCGCCAAGUCGUCAUGGUUCUGUCAUCACAGCCCUCCACCAGCACAUAUUACACCAUCAGGUUACCGUACAGCUACAACGCCGGUGUGGAACUCCUGGAUGUGCUCAACUGCAAAAACUACACAGUUGACAACAACGGCUUGCUCGAGGUGGACAUGGACAAGGGAGAACCUCGGGUGUUCUUCCCCACGGAGUACAUGGAUGGCAGUGGCCUUUGCGGCUUCGCUGCUUCCAAUGCCUCUUUGGCCUCUAUCAAAACAGGCAAGGACAUAAAUUCCUACUCAUCGGUCGGCACCAAAAACCUGGGGAGUGCCGCUCUGAUCUCUUUCUUGGCUGCUGUAAUGAGCUAUGUGAUGAUCCUAUGA